AUGCUUACUGAGCUCUACUUCGCCAAGAACUCCUUGACAGGUACAAUACCACGAGAGAUGGGUAACCUUUACCAACUCGAGCAUCUUGAGUUAACUUAUAAUGGCUUGAAUGGCUCCAUACCCCCUGGGAUCUUCAACCUCUCAGCAUUGCAGAGUAUUGCACUUUCAUUUAAUCUUCUAUCAGGAAAUCUUCCGCGGGAUCUAGGUUACAGACUGCCCAAGUUAUCAGACAUAGAGCUUGCUAGGAAUAACCUUGGUGGAGUUAUACCAGUGUCCAUUUCAAAUUGUUCAGAAUUGUUGUUGCUUUCAAUGGGAACUUCCAUUGGGAAUCUCUCCGCUUCUCUACAGAUGUUGUAUAUAGGAACUAGUGGAAUCAAGGGCACCAUACCAAGUCAAACCGGCAACUUGACCAAUUUGCUAUUGCUUGAUCUACCAUCGAAUCACUUGACAGGAGGUAUUCCAACAGCAUUUAAAAAUCUACAAAACCUGCAAGGUUUGGCUGUGCGAGAUAAUAAUCUUAACGGCACCUUAGAUAACCUUUGCAAUUUGCAGAGGUUGGCUUAUGUAUACCUGACUGCGGACCGAUUUUCCGGGUCCAUACCAGAAUGCUUUGGCAAUAUGACUUCUCUUCGGAAACUUGAUCUAGGAAACAACUUUUUAGUCUCUGCCAUACCUAAUAGUUUUUGGAACCUCAAAGAUCUCUUGCAGUUGAACUUAUCCUCAAACUCCCUUAAUGGUUCCUUGCCUCUUGAAGUUGGAACUCUGAAAGCCGUAACAUCUAUCGACAUAUCGGCGAAUCAAUUCUUUGGUGAUAUUCCUAGCACAAUAGGUGAUUUGCAAAACCUGUUGAUUUUAAAUUUAUCCCAAAACCAAUUUCAUGGAUCUAUCCCAGAGUCAUGUGGCAGUAUGCUCAGCUUACAAGGACUUAACCUAUCGCAUAACAAUCUUUCUGGCUUCAUACCAAAGUCAUUGGAGGCGCUUCGAGCCCUCGAAGAGCUUGACGUUUCUUAUAACCAUUUAAGUGGUGAAAUUCCUUCUGGUGGUCACUUUAGGAACUUUACUGCUGAAUCUUUUCUGUUCAAUGAAGCAUUGUGCGGAGAUUCCAGGUUUCAUGUGCCGCCUUGCCCAAGACCUAAUUCAAUUCACAGGUCAAGAACUAAAAAGGUGCUUCUAUUUGUAUUUGCUCCUCUGGGACUCGCUUCUGUGGUUGUCGCAGCCUUAGCAAUUGUCUUCAGAAGAUAUUGGAAGAAAUAUCGGGAUUCCAAAGGAGUAAACAUGGUAUUAGUGCCAACGCAAGAAAGAGUUUCGUACUAUGAACUUCUUCGAGCAACUGAUGGCUACAGUGAAAGCAAUUUGCUUGGCAUUGGGAGUUUUGGAUCUGUUUACAAGGGGAUUCUCAAUGACGGAAGGUCUAUUGCUGUAAAGGUUUUCAAUUUGGAAUUGGAAGGAGUACUCAAGAGCUUUGAUGUAGAGUGUGAAGUCCUGAAGAACCUUCGACAUCGAAAUCUUGUGAAGGUCAUCAGCACUUGUUGGAACCAGGAUUUUAGGGCCUUGGUGCUUGAAUACAUGUGCAAUGGAAGCCUUGAGAAGUGGCUGUAUUCUGACAACUAUUUCUUAGAUACUCUACAGAGAUUGAAUAUAAUGAUAGAUGUGGCAAGUGCAGUGCAAUAUCUGCACGAAGAAUAUUCGACGCCUGUGAUUCACUGUGAUUUGAAGCCCAGCAAUGUCUUACUUGAUGAAGAUAUGGUUGCCCACGUCAGCGACUUUGGUGUCGCAAAAAUGCUGGAAAAGGAGGAAAGCUUUGCAUGGACCAAGACCUUAGCUACAAUUGGCUACAUGCUCCAGGUAAUGAUUCUUCAAUCUAAUCCCAAACAGUAUGGAUCUGAGGGGUUGAUAUCCGCAAAAUGCGAUGUUUAUAGCUAUGGAAUCAUGCUGAUGGAAGUUUUUUCAAGAAGAAAGCCUAAUGAUGAGAUGUUUGCUGGAAAUUUGAACUUGAAGAGUUGGAUAAAUAAUUCUCUGCCUAAUUCGAUUCUUCAAGUUAUUGAUGCCAAGUUGUUGAAGCGUGAGGAUGAAAAUUUCACUGAGAAGCUGGAGGUUUUAUUGUCAAUCUUGGAAUUGGCCUUAAAAUGUGUCUGUGAAUCUCCAAGUGAAAGAGUUAGUAUGAAAGUUACGCUGGAGACACUGAAGAAGAUCAAACUCAAAUUUUUGCGGGUCAUGGAGGUCGAUUCGUAG